GCAAAAAUUAUAGCAAUUGGGUCCAAUUUUCAUGUCCAAUCCCUGCAUCACCCUCAUCACACUUGAUAAUCCAUCAUUAAAUAUGCUCGUAGCAAUGUAUACGGCAGUAUCAAGGACGUGCUUGCCACUGGAAAUAGUUUUUGGAGCCAUUGACCACACUGUUGUAUUCAGGCUCUCCUUGCUGUUUUGCGUAAAAUCGCCUAAGCAACGAAGGAGCAGGUCAUCGCGACUCAAUUCUUCGUAGAUCGGAAGAAUAGCCUCAUAAACUUGUUCCGACAUAGGCGUUUUAUGAGUGUGCGCUGACCCCGUUGCACGUGCUUUCUGUCACGAGCACCAAGAGUCCUUUCCGGGCGGGCACCGGUUGUGUUGUGGGUUGGCGUCGGUUGAUAAUUUGUGAUGCAAUGUUGCAUAAAUAUCAUUUUUCAUUUUAUCAAUUGAAUCAGGAUUUCUGCAAAUUGCCAGGCCGUAAUAUAUUGACAAUUCAUCUAUUAACUUACCAGUCAACUUGCCUUUUCCCCAAAGUCCUUUUGUUGACUGUUUUAGUUUUCGAAGGCGAGAGCCCAUCCGCUUUUGGACAUGAUCAAUGCACUCCUUCUUUUUAACGAUAAAAUCUUCAUACGGCUGUGAAUCCAUAAUGCCUUUGAAUAUUUUAGAAUCCCCGUCUCCCACGUAGUUGGCAUAUUUCAUAUCGAAUAAUGAUUCGGAACGCUGAAACAUCUCUAUGACGGCAUCUACCUCCUUUCACUCGGUCGGUAAUAGGGCCGCUUAUUAUCGACUUUUUUUUCGUUAUAAGACCAAUUGCAUAUCAUUUUUAUGACUCUAAAGUACAUUUUAAGCCAAAAAAAAUCGAUUUUUCAAAAAUUCUAGAGUGGUGUUACCCCCUAAUAACGGUGUACAAUGUCGGGAUGCCCUCGGGCCGAGGGGGAAAAUCGAAUAAAUUAACGCACGAAGAUGUGGUAAAACGCUCGAUUUUAAAUAUAAAUAAUCAGGAUAAUAUGUGUCUCCCGCGCUCCUUCGUCGUGGCUUGCGUUUAUUGCGAACGCGGUACAAUACGCACGGGCGAACUUCAUAGAAAAUGGGAAAAUAUAAGACACCCAUAUUCCGCGUUGCAAAGACGUUUGGCGGAAGAAUUAACGAGACACGCUGCUAUAGUUAUACCCGAGGAAGGAUGCGGUAUCCCGGAGAUCGAGCGUUUUCAGCAGCUUCUUUCGCUAAAAAAUAUCGCGAUUGUCAUUUAUAAUUUCAGGAGUUUCGGUCGCGGAAUCCCUCCGUUAUAUGACGGACACUCGACGCUAGCCUCUCGUUCUCGUAUAGCCAAUUAUACACGAAAUAUAAUGUAUUACGAGCGCUCGCAGCAUUAUAAGCCUAUUUUAAAUUUAAAAGCCGCCUCGGCUAGUAGAUAUUAUUGCGUUCCCUGUAACAAAGGUUACAGUCAUGGGUCAUCGGUGCUCAAAUACGUGUCCGCAAUGCCUCGGUGCACCGCUGUGCGAGAAGCUAGACGCGCGAUUGAUCGCCUGCGACGCAUGUAACCGCGUGUUUUACGGCGAGAGCUGUUUCGAACGUCAUCGCGCGCCGAAAUCUUACGCCGGCAAGUCGCCGUCGAGUGUCUGCGAUGCCGUGAGAUUUUGCAGCGAUUGCGGGCGUUUGAAAAGAUCGGGCGCAAAACACGCGUGCGGCGCGGCUUAUUGUCGCAUAUGCUGCGCAUCGAAACCGCUGAAUCACUUGUGUUUCAUGCGACCGCUUCAAGGGAGUCACGUAUCGGCAUCGAUCAACGCGAAAGAACUCAAAAAUGUCGACGAAACCGAUGAUAACCACAAUAAUGACGAUGCGAGAACAGAUCGGAAGGGUCGCGCCGCGUUUAUAUUUUACGACUUCGAGACGCGACAGACGAAAUGCUCGAAGGAUGCGCGAACGUUAAAACACACGUAGUUACUCUCUGCGUCGCGCAGCAAACGUGCGAAGCUUGUCUGGGAGAGGACGAUAUGGCGUUGCGAUGUCGUUGGUGCGGGGUGCGCGAAUUUGUAUUUCGCGAUGAUCCGGUAAAACAAUUCGUCAAUUUUGCAACGAGAACGACGAAGCGUUUCUCCUGCUUCAUCUGUAUCGCGCACAAUGUGGUGGCGUUCGACUCAUAGUUCAUCCUGCGCUAACUGGUCGAGAGCGGACGAGGACGAGGACGGACGAGCCGAAAGUAAUAUUAAACGGGACAAAAAUUGCAUUACUAACCAUGGGACGGACAAAAUUUCUCGAUAUCGCUAAUUACAUGUCUAUGCGGCUGUCGGCGUUACCGAAAGCUUUUGGACUGAAGGAUUCCGUCGCCAAAGGCGUAUUUCCGCAUUUAUUCAACACAAUUAAAAAUCAAAAUUAUACCGGGCCGCUACCGGAUAUUGAUUAUUAUUUUCCGGAUACGAUGAAAUCGGACGAACGCGAACAAUUUUUAACGUGGCAAUGACGCGGAAAUGAUGGGUAAAAACGCGGUGUUUAAUUUUCAACAGGAGAUAGUGCGCUAUUGCCGGAACGACGUAGAUAUUUUUCGACGAGCGUGUCUGGCCUAUCGAAAAAUUUUUCUAGACCGCGGAAACGUGUGCCCGUUCGAAGAAUGCACGACUAUCGCUUUGACGUGUAUGAAAAUUUUUCGCAAAAACUUUUUGCGCAAGAAGGAAAUUGGGAUAAUCCCGCUCGGCGGUUAUAGGGGUGUCAACGCGCAAUCGCGUAAAGCGCUGCAAUGGUUAUUGCUGAUGGAGCAUGAGCUCGGAUGCACGAUAAUUCACGCGAGAAGAGGUUGAGAACAGCGUUUAUCGGAAGGCUUGCUCGUCGACGGAUAUUAUGAGACGGAGAAUCCCCGGCAGCAUCACGUGCUGCAGUUUCACGGUUGUUUUUGGCACGGAUGUCUCGAGUGUUUUCGCGUGAACCGCGACUGACCGCUCUCAACCAUGUCACGCGAGGAUACGAUCGAAGCGCGUUACGAGCGCACACUCGUGACAAUGUGUCGUCUUAGAAAACGGGGGUACGUCGUUACGGAAAAGUGGGAGUGUAUUUUCGAUCGGGAGCUGCGCGAAAGUCGUAAGAUACGCGAAUUUGUUGAGAAUCAUCCCAUGUUGAGAAACAAUCCCCUUGAACUUCGCGAGGCGUUCUACGGCGGGCGUAUGGAAAAUAUCGUCACGCGGUACGAAGUUACGGAUACGGAGAAGAUACGCUACGUGGACGUGUAUUCUUUGUACCAGUAUGUGCUGAAGACGGAUGGUUUUCCGCUCGGUCAUCUGGACAUUUACGUGGGUGGGGAGUAUUGCGCCUUGAUCGGAGCAGGCCCCGAUUUUAACUUUGACGCCGUAGAAGGUUUCGUACGUUGCAGAGUGCUCGCGCCGCGUGAUCUCUUUCAUCCGGUACUCCCUUAUCGCGUGAACGAAAAAUUGCUAUUCGCGCUUUGUCGCAGCUGCUGCAAGACAUUUUCUCAGACCGCGUGUACGCACAACGACCCUGCCGAUCGCGAAUUCGAAGGCGCGUGGGUGUCUUGCGAGUUACGCAAAGCUAUCGAGAAAGGUUAUCGCGUCACGAGCGUGAGCGAAAUAUGGAGCUACGAAAUCAUGCGAUACGAUCCGGUUACGCGGCGGGGGGGAUUGUUCACCGACGGAUGGCCGAACGAAUGCGCGAAUGACGAAGGCGGCAAGGAACGGUAUCUGCGCGAAUACGAGAAAGUCGAGGGUAUUGUUCUCAAUAGGGUGAAUAUUUCCCCGAAUCCAGGCUUGCGCUCGGUCACGAAGCUCUGUCUCAACUCCUUCUGGGGUAAAUUCGACCAACGGUCCAAUCUACCGAAUACCGAGAUCGUUAGAACGUGGGAGAGUUUCACGGCUCUGCUCACGAGCUCGGAGCACGGAGCACGAAAUAACAAAUAUGUUGCCCCGCGAUUCGGCGCACUGUAUUUCACGACAUCGUCACAAGAGACGAGACAAAGCAUGCCAGUAUUAUUAAAGCGUAGUUUUAACGACAACGGAUACUCCGUACCGUACGGUUACGUCUCCAGCGAAUAG